AUGGAUUCCGUUGGAGUCAUUAUUUCCUUCUAUCAACUGAAGUUGGAGAGUUUUGCAGAAUAUGAACUUUGGUGGCCAGAUGGGCCUAUGAUUCUACACCACCAACCUGUGCAUCAAACUUGGAGACAAUUUUUUUCACCAACUUUGGAGUCAAAUGAAGUUCACGGUGAACCAGAGAUCAACAAUGAUGCAGGAACUGGUCCGCUUUUGGGAGCUGAUGACAGUGAUGAUAACAGCAGAAGCUCUAGUGAAUAUCAAACUUGCAAUGUCUCAGAUUUCUACAUUUCUGACAUGAUUGCUGCAGGCUUACCCAUUGAAGGCAACUCAAUUUAUGAUGACAUCACAGAAGCUAGUUGCUUGCUUGAUUACAAAUGUGAUGAGCCAAGUACGUUUUUUGACGUGGCUGAGGAAUACAUGAUACUGCCUUUCCUUGAGGAUACCAUGGAGGCAGGUGGCAAUCAUGAUGGCAGAACAUGUGAGGACGCCAUUAUAGAUUCAGAUGAUUCAAGCUUGUAUCUUGCAAUCCAUCAGUUGAGAUCCUGCAAUGAGGAACCUGAUGUGAAUCCCUACUCAGAUUCAGAUCAAUUAGGGUGCUUUGAUCCACACAUGUUUAUCAGAAAUCUACCUGACCCACCAGAUGUGGCGCCAAAUUUUCACCCCACUACAUUGCUAAAUGAAACACAGAAAAUGAAGUCCAUUACCCUAGUACUGGAUUUGGAUGAAACACUUGUCCACUCUACGUUGGAACAUUGUGAAGAUGCAGAUUUUAGCUUUCCAGUCUUUUUCAACAUGAAAGAGCACAGAGUCUGUAAAACAGAGGCCUUGCCUUCAAAUGUUCCUAGAGAGGGUUGCUGAGAUGUUUGAAAUUGUGGUGUUCACAGCCAGUCAAAGCAUCUAUGCAAAACAGCUACUGGAUAUACUGGAUCCAGAUAGAAAACACUUAUCUCUCAUCGAACUUAUUGUGACUCAUGCAUUUUUUCAGAUGUAAGUUACACCGUGGACUUAACAAUUUUGGGUGUUGAUCUUGCAAAAAUUGCUAUAAUUGACAAUUCUCCUUAGGUAGAUUUCCUGCCCAUUGACUUUCAUGUAUCCUUUGUAAAGAAUAUUUGGUUGCUAAUUGUUACAAGAUACAUAUAUAUGUAUGAUUUUGUGAA